ACGUAUGUUACGUGGACUGUUUACCGUGUCCGGAAGUGCCGUGGCUUUUUGGCCAGACUGGAUGUUUUAUCCUUAAAGUACGCCUUACUGUUGCGUUUUCAUUCAGAUUUACCUGGAGUUCUCUAAUUGUUUACUCUUCUAGGACUUCAUAUGUUUGUCCGGCGGAAACCGAAGACUGAAAGUGUGCCGUAGUUUAAAACUCGAGCUUAGAUCGAGUUUAGCCGGCAUGGCAGAUGGUUAGCUAGCACAGCUGAUUGUCUGCCUUUAGCCUCUUUACAGUUCAGUCAAUAGAUGAUCAAAGUUUGAUUCAAAGACUUAGUUACAAACUUAAUCACAUCCGUAAACCGGUGACGGUUCCCUCUGAUCGUUCAGGUAGCAGACAUGUGUUUGGUUUUGUGGACGUAAAUCUCUUGAUCAGACUUGGGUCGAGUUGGACUUGUUGAAGAUGGAAGAUAAAUACAGCAGUAAUGUCCUGUCAGGAGGAAAACUGGGCAUGGUGGAAGUGCCCAACUCAAGGUAUGAGACUGUAUUUUCAUGUCUGUCCAGUCAAAUCACUGCAGCAGUUCAUAAACCCAGAUAUCUGUGUCCUAAAUGCGAUUUCAGAUUAUGCCACAUGUUUAUGUUGUCAUGAUUAGUGUCUUCGAUUUACAGUACGCAUCCAAAAUAUAGAUGCACUAAAUAUAUGUAUUCGUUAGAGAUAUUUUCUCCUAUAGGUAAGGUUAGGUAGACUUUAUUGAUCCCGCAUCAUACAGACAACAAACAACAUGGAGACAUCAGAAAAAAGAAACAUAGAGUCAACAUCAGAUACACAACAAACACAGUAAAGGCCAGUGAAACAUGAUUUAAAAGUGGGACAAUAAACGAUAAGGACAUGAUUAAAGACAACAAAAGCCUGAUAAAAAUGAAUAAAUACUAAAAUAAAUACCUCUACAGACUAUGCAGCAGUGCCAAUUCAGACCCGAGCAUACACUGUUAAAAAAUCUCACUGCUGCUGGAACUAAAGUGGAGCACCGAGGCAUCACAAGUUGCUCAUUAAAAGAGCUUUCAAGACCUUUGAAGACAUAGAACAAUGGAUGAUCUUUGUAGCCCAGGAUUAAUUUUAAUUUAGACCUGGUCCUCCUCUCAACAAUGGCCUCAAGAGGCUCUGGGACUAAGCCAAUAACUGAUCCGGCCCUCUUGAUCAUCUUGUUGAUCCUAUUUUUGUCGUCAGAUGAUAUGCUGCCCCCCCCUCAGCAAAGUACAGCAUUACAAAGGACACUAGCCAGAAUACUUUGGUAAAAGACAUCCAGAAGCCUAGUGCUGACACUGACAGAUCUUAACUUUCUGAGAAAGAAGAGUCUAGACUGAGUCUUCUUGAAUGGGGCCUGGGUAUUUUAUUUAUUGUCCAAAUGGACACCAAGUUAUUUACAGGACUCACCAAUUUCAAUCUGCUUGCCUUUUAUCAACAGGGGUAGGACCUACUCUUUUUUUCUGUCUAAAGUCAGUAAUUAGCUCUUUCAUUUUUUUCCUACAUUAAGCUUCAGAAAGUUUGAGUCACACCAGUUUACAAAUGAGUGGACCUCUCUACUGUAGGCCAGGUCACUGCCGUUGUUGAGCAGGCCCUAUCUGAGUCUUUGUGUUAUUACUGAAUGACUUUCUAUGUUGGAGAUAUGUAUCAUAUCCAAUGCUUAAGUUUGGGCUUUGUGAUUGAAGACAUCGUGAAAAGGCUUUAAUAUGAAUAUUGUAUGAAAUAUUUGUCUUUUUUUGUCUCUUCAGGUUAACAAGAUAUAUAGUUUUACUGGUCAUCACAAAGAUCCUGAAGGCUCUUGGGAUCUUUGAAUCUUAUGAUAUCCUCAAAGUUGUUCACAUUGUGCAGUUUAUCUUCAUACUAAAACUAGGGUGAGUAUUUGUACUUUCUCCAGUUUCAUUUGGAUUAUUUAUUUUGCCUUGAUUUUGGCGUUAUGCAUGAUUGAUUUUGCUGUAUCUCUGAUGUUGCUGAUAAAGAAAACAUGCUUACAAUGAUCCUCUCCUUUUCUCAGGAGUGCUGUUAUUUUGCUUUUCUUUCAAAAGCCCUUCUCUUCAGGAAAAGCCAUCUCAAAAAGACAGGUUUGUUGGAGUGCUUCCUCUUAAAACUGGGUGGGUUUGCUUUCACAUUUUCUUUCAGUAGUGUAUUUCUUCUUUCGGCCUAAAAGUCUUGAGUGUUGAAUAUUUUACCGACAUCAGACUGCUGCUGUGUUGUCAGAAGAAAUGUAAAAGUUAAGCUUUAUAGCAGUCUGUGAUAUUAAAAUAUUGCACCUCUGUCCUCUGUAAAGCCUCAGUGUUAACUUGAUAUGAAUUGAAUUUGUGUUUCUGUUUUCUUUGCAGUGGAUAAAGAUACUUAAACAUGCUGUGUUCAGCUGUAUUAUCUCCCUCCUGGGCUUCUUUGGCCUGACUCUCUGUGGCCCUCUGAGGUAAAAUGUCACCUUAAAUGUAUUUUCGACUCUUUGUACUGCUGUGUGUUUUUCUGCUGUCCCAAAUAAAUGUUCCUCAUAUUGCAUCAUGCAGACUGUUGUGUCGGGUGAUCUAAGUCUAGCUUGUGUCUUUCACAGGACGCUGUUACUUUUUGAGCACAGUGACGUGGUGGUCAUUGCUCUCCUUGGUGUUCUGUUCACCAGCUCAGGUGGAGGACCAUCUAAGGUAGGCGGCCACACAAUUUCCGUUCAGUAAAUUUCAAUUUAGGAGCUUUGUCUUGUUCAUGUAUCCUUUCAGUACCACAGAGGUUGUCCUCUACUUACUGACGUAGAUCUUGCUGAAUACCUAACUUGUUCCAAAGCAGGUUCUGUUCAGUUUGAGAGAUCAGUUUGUAGAAAACUGAACCAGUUUGCUCGAUCAUUGAACUCUUUGAGCUCUGUUUUUGAUCAAACUUCAAGCUCCUGAGAGGAACUUUCUGUCUGUGUUGACUUUGGCGCCCCCUGUGGACAAAGCGAUAACCCUUACGUUGUUCUCAAUUUUUUCUCAUCCUUUUGAAAGGGGUGUCAAUUGAUGCAAAAAUAAUGUUUUACUGUGAGAUUGUUCAUUUACCUCAAGUGUUUGCUGUGUAGAAAGUAGUAGUUUUUUCAUCAUACCUUCCCCCUCACAGGCAUUAAAAAUAAUCUUAUCUGCUUUAAAUACAUCAUAGAGAAGAAUCACUGUUCAUUUCAAUCUGUUUGAGACUGAUCUAAAACUCCUCAGAGGAGGAGUAAAAUGAAAAAUUAUUAUGUUGAUGGUGGAGCAACUUAGCAAGAGAAAGGCAAAGACUCUCAAACAUUUAUAUCUAAACUUUCAAAGGGUCAAGCUCACAUGUUUCUCCUCUGCUGUGUUUUGUGCCUGACAAUAAUUAAGACUGCUCGUUUUUAAAUGACUGUUUUUAACUUUCCCUGCUGUUUAAAAUGACUGUGCCACAGUGGCUGAAGUGUUUAGCGUUUCUGUUUGUUUGUGUUACUUGAAACAGACCAGAGGAGCUGCAUUAUUCAUCAUCGCUGUCAUCUGCCUUCUCCUCUUUGACAACGAUGAUCUCAUGGCGAAGAUGGCAGAGCACCGUAUCCUUUCUCGCUGACAAGAGCAUCAGUUACAGCUUGUUUUAUCCUUGUUUUUGUUUUGUUUUACUGUUAUAUCCCUGUGCUUGCUUUGUGUCCGCCUUGACUCUUCCUCUAACCAGCCGAGGGACACCACGACAGCGCGCUCACCCACUUCCUCUACACUGCCAUCGCAUUUUUAGGAGUUGCAGAUCACAAAGUAAGCAAAGCCCACUCAGUAAAUGUGAUGUUUAGAGUUUCUUCCAGAAGCACAGCUAAAUACCGGUUCUGCUUUCUUAAUGAAUUCCCUUCUGUUAGGGUGGCGUUGUGCUGCUGGUGGUCUCCCUGUGCCUGAAGGUCGGCUUCCACACGGUGUCCAGGAAACUGUCAGUGGAAAUUGGUGGUGCGAAACGCCUCAAUGCCUUAGACAACCUGGUGUCCGCUGUGGUGCUGCUGCCCUGGGUCAUAGUGCUCUCAGCGACCACAGAGGUAAGUGCAGAAUGAAACACCCUCAUGUUCAUGUCAAGGUUGUCUGUUGUCUCACAUAAUAUGUCUCUAAAAGUUAUCUACUACUUUAAGCGCUUUGGAGAAGUUAAAUAACCGAGGGAAAGUUCUUGUAUUUCAGAAGAUACGUCUGUCUCAGCUCUGCGUUCUCUUCAGUGUCCAUAUCUUUCUGUGCUUGUGUAAAAGUUCUCUCUUUUCUGAUAAAUGACUGUAGAAGAAUUAGUCUAGAUUUGUUUUUGACUGCUUGUUUUUUUCUUCCUCUCCUCCAGAGUAAAGUAGAAUCCUGGUCAUCACUCAUCCUUCCAUUCGGGAUGAUCAUUUUCUCUGUGAUGAUCCUGGAGUUUUACGUCGAGGCCAUCUGCAAUGCAAAGAUGGAGACACCGAGGUGCGCCCGCUACGGUGCCAUUGCUCUCAUCCUCAGCAGUUUGCUGCUGGCGAACUUCUGGACUCACCCGCUGACUGAUCAGCUGCGCUCCAUGAGCAAACCUCUACAACAGGACAGCACUGAGCAUGUGCUGUCUGGGGGAGUGAUCGUCAGCGCCAUCUUCUUCAUCAUGUGUGAGUUACAGAUAAGAACAUCUUCAAAUUCGGCUCAAACUUUCACCCAGACUUCAGGAUCUGUAUUCGACUGAUUUCUCUUUCUCCCUGCAGCAUCCAGCAUCCUCUCCUCCCCGUCAAGAAGAGGUCAGAAGGGAACCUUGGUGGGUUACUCACCUGAAGGAACACCUCUUUAUAACUUCAUGGGUGACGCUCUGCAGCACACGUCCCAGUCCCUCCCUCGGUUCAUCAAAGAUUCUCUGAAACAGAUCCUGGAGGAAUACGACUCCAGGCAGAUCUUCUACUUCCUGUGUCUUAACCUGGUAUGUACAGCUGUAAAGGGGAAAACAUGCAUAGCUGUCUCUUUAAGGUGAAUGUUAUUGGGAGUACAGGAAAUUGAAGUUUAUGAGACAAAGAGACAUCAGUCACACCAGCUACAAGACUGGAUAUGUUCUUUGAUUGUUUUUCCUUGGACAUUAGGGGUUUAGUGAAGCAGAAUGUAACUGACAUAAUAUAUAGAUAAAAGAUAUAUUUGAUCAUGUAAACAGAGAAACCUGGUUAUUCAUAUUCCUGUAUACAUGUUCAACACAGGUAUCCUGGUUUCUGAUCAAAUUUUCGCAGACGCCUUUGUGUUUUUAAAUACUUACUUAAAUAUACUGCAUUGAUUUAAUAAAGUUCUUCUUCUUCUUUAACCAUCUGUGGUGUAUUGCAGGCUCAGCACCUGGCUUUAAAAAUAGCAUAAUAUACAGUUAAAGAUUGGAAGCUUCACUCCUUCUUCCACACACACACACAUGCUGAGCAGCAGGGUGGUUCAGGCGAUCACAGACUGAGUUGCUGUGAGAUAAAAAGUUUUGAUGUGUCUGCCUACAUGUGAAACCUGAUUUUCCUGAUGUUGGAGUCGUGCAGUUUCUCUUUGCAUUGAUAUGACUGCAGAGAAAACUGGAGCCUCUGAUUACAGAGAGGAAACAGACAAAACGAUUGAGUCGUUAAAGACAGAUCCAUGUUAUCUCUCGUGACUUCACUGCAUUAACAAACUCUCAUUAGUGUGGGUUUGUCUCCUCUCGUAUUUUACCUGCAGCAUGUUGAGGCAUUGAUCAUGUAUUGGACUACUGUACAUCAGAGUGUGCACUGAUGAAGCUUCUUUCAGCCUACAGAUCACAAAGUUCAUGCAGAGAGACUUAGUAAACAGAGAUCAGUGUUGUAUCUGCUCGUCUCCUCACAUUAAACUUCUAAAACGUACUAAGUGCAGCUGUUACUCCAUGUCUUUCCUCCUCAGCUCGAGAUCUUCUCAUACAUGUAAUGCAGUCUUUCUCAUUCAAUAAACACAAACAUCAGACUGAUCAUAUAGAGUAUUAAAAAAAUAAGCAUCCUGCCUCUACCUGGCCUGGCUUAUUCAUCUUCUGUUCUGAUAACAAACAUUUAACAUAUUGUGCAUCAGCUUGAUAACUGAAUUGGAAUCUAGUUUUGUUUACUGAAAACAUGUGAAUUUGAGUUUUUGUCCUUGGUCAAUCUAAUUUCACUUCUUUAUCUUCCCCGCUUUAGGCGUUCACAUUUGUGGAGUUGUUGUACGGCGUUUGGACCAACAGUCUGGGUCUGAUCUCUGAUGGUUUCCACAUGCUGUUUGACUGUUCAGCGUUAGUCCUCGGCUUGUUCGCUGCCCUCAUGACCCGCUGGAAAGCCACCAGGAUCUUCUCAUACGGGUAGAGUUCAUGAAGAACACGUGAAAGGACUUUGGUUUGAGAUAUAGGAGUAACUAUCAACUAAAUGAUUAAAAUGCGUCUCUUAUUUAUUUUUGCAGCUUCGGUCGAGUUGAAAUACUCUCUGGAUUCAUCAACGGCCUCUUCCUGAUGGUCAUUGCUUUCUUUGUUUUUGUUGAGUCCGUCACACGCUUGUUGGAUCCUCCGAAUAUAAACACAGACAUGCUGACUGUAAGUAAAUUAUUAGGUGUCAGAGCUAGUGUCUGAACAUGAUGAACUUUGGAUCUUUUACGGGACACCUCAAAUUUUUCUGUCUCCUUUUUUUUCUGUCUCCUGCAGCCGGUGUCUGUCGGAGGCUUGCUGGUCAACCUGGUGGGCAUCUGUGCGUUCAGUCACGCUCACUCCCAUGGCAGUAAAAGCUGCUCGUCACACGACCACGGUCACUCACACCAUGGCCACUCCCACAGCGAGCACAGCCACGGAGGUCACGGACACUCCCACGGGGGGCAUGGACACAGCAGUCACGGGCACGGUGGACAUGGACACUCCCACGGUGGUGGAGGUGGAGGCGGAGGAAUGAAUGCAAACAUGAGAGGUGUGUACUUCAGCUGAAGACGGCUUUUGUCUUUGAAAAGCUUCGCUCAGAUGUAACGAUCGUGUUUCACCUUCUUCCAGGUGUUUUCCUCCACGUCCUCGCCGACACUCUGGGAAGUGUGGGUGUCAUCAUCUCCACCAUCCUCAUCCGUCAGUUCGGCUGGUUGAUAGCAGAUCCUAUCUGCUCGCUCUUUAUCGCCACCCUCAUUUUUCUCAGUGUCAUCCCUCUGCUUAAAGACGCCUGUGAGGUUCUUCUUCUACGAGCUCCGCAAGAAAGCGAGAAGGACCUGAACAGUGCUCUGGAAAAGGUGAGAAAACAAACCUCGCUGCAAUAAAGGAGAGUGCAUGAGGAUUUAUUCCUCCAGGUUAUUCUGUUACAUCAGAUAAAUGCAUGAUUUCUAAUUAUUACUAUAUUUAAAGGUCGAUUUCAAUCAAAAAAGAUAUUUAUAUCUUCCAUUUAUUGUCACUUUUGCACUUGACCAAAAACUCAAUUUCUUGGUAAUCUUGCAGUUUUGUUUGGUGCAUAAUCAGCUCAGAUGUAUCAGCUGCUGUAAGCUAAAAUCAGGUUUUUUUUGCUGCAAGUUCUUCUUGAAGUUGUUUUUACAUAAAGAGAUAAACAUAAAAACAUUACAUAAAACAUAAGUUGUAAAAAUAUAUAUAUUUUAAAAUCUGUGCACUGAGGUUAAUUUGUGUUGUUCUUUCAGAUUGAGAAGAUUGAGGGGGUUUUGUCGUACAGAGAUCCUCACUUCUGGAGACAUUCAGCCAACAUGAUCGCAGGGACCAUCCACCUCCAGAUCAUGUCCGACGUGGUGGAGCAGAGGAUCAUUCAGCAGGUACAAUCAAAAGAAAAGGGAUACACAUUAAACUGAAUUCAUCCUCUAGAUGUCUGCAGUAAAAAUAUGAAUAAUUUCUCUGAUUUGUAGGUGACGGCCAUUUUGAAAGACGCAGGGGUGAAUAAUCUGUCGGUGCAGGUGGAGAAGGAGGCGUACUUCCAGCACAUGUCUGGACUCAGCACCGGCUUUCAUGAAGUUCUGGCGAUGACUCAGCAGAUGGAGUCCAUGAAAUACCUGAAAGAUGGGACGUGUAUCAUGUGAAAACCAUCUGUGGGACCAAAUAAACUCGACUCUCAGUUAUUAUUAUUAUGUUCAGUUAAAUGUACAGUAUUUGUGUGUAUGUGGGUCAAAUAAAUCUGAAUAUAUUGGUUUAA